AUGAGUGCUAUAGUCGAAUCACUGCAGAAGCAGAUAGCAUCAUGCGAAAACACGCUACGGGAUCUACGGCAACAGCUGGCAGAAGCAGAGCACAACCGCCGUGAACAGGAGAAGGCCUUGCAGGAGAGGAAGACAGCCGUAGAUCCCCUAUACCAUGACAUGGAUCUUGGUAUUCCCGAUGAUUUUCGCUCAGAAGUUUUUGCAAUCCUAGGGCAGGACGGACAUGCAUCACAAGAGGAUGUUCAGGAGGGUCAGCCACGAUGGCCACUGGAACGGAGUGAAUACAAGAGAUAUGGAAGGCAACUGAUCAUGCCAGAGAUUGGUCUUCAAGGCAAACUACGCAAUGCUCGUGUACUCAUUGUAGGCGUGGGUGGUCUAGGAUGUCCAGCUGCAGCAUAUCUCGUUGGCGCUGGCGUCGGUACAAUAGGACUUAUGGAUGGCGAUACGGUCGAAGAAUCGAAUCUCCAUCGUCAGAUUCUUCACUCCACUGCCAGAGUGGGUAUGUCAAAAGUAGAGAGUGCAAUGGUAAACCUCAGCUCACUCAACCCGAACGUCAAACUCAUUCCCCAUAAAUCUCGCCUUGCACCAGAAACCGCCAUCGCCACCUUCCAAAACUACGACCUGAUUCUAGACUGCACUGAUACCCCUGCCUCCCGCUACCUAAUUUCAGACACCUGCGUUCUCCUCUGCAAAACCCUCGUCUCUGCCUCUGCCCUCCGCAUAGACGGGCAACUCAUGGUCCUCAACAAUCCUCCUCUACCCCCAGGCGACCCCAAAGGGGGUCCCUGUUACCGCUGUAUAUUCCCCAAACCGCCGCCCCCAGAAUCCGUCCUAUCAUGCGGGGAGGGUGGAAUCCUAGGCCCCGUAGUCGGCGUAAUGGGCGUCCUACAAGCCCUCGAAGCCAUCAAAGUUCUCACACAGAAAAAGCCCGCCGCAGGCAGCGACAUAUCCCCCGAUAUACCCAGCCUCCUGAUCUUCUCCGCCUACUCCACCCCCAUGUUCCGCUCCAUACGGCUCCGCUCCCGCAAACCCAAAUGCGCAGCCUGUUCGCCACAUGCCACCAUCACCCCACAGGCGCUCGACUCGGGUAGUCUGGAUUACGUGCAAUUUUGCGGAUCAAUGAACCCAGUCGAUGCGUUGACGCCGCAGGAGCGCAUUUCAGCAGAAAAUUACGCUAAGCUACGGAAUGGGGUGAAUCCCUUUACCGGAACCGUGUCCAGCAAGGAUAAUCACAUCUUGGUCGAUGUGCGGGAGAAGGUGCAAUUUGAGCUCUGCAAUAUCGAUGGGAGCGUCAAUGUGCCGUUUUCAAAGGUCGCUGCUACGCCACUGACUGCGGAUUUGGUGUCGUCUCCUUCGCUCAGUACGCCGAGUCCUGGGAGCGGCAUGGAUGUCGAUGAGAGCGAGUGGGUUGCGCAGCUGAGGAGGACCGAGAAGCCGAUUUUCGUCGUCUGUAGGCUAGGCAACGAUUCGCAGGUUACGGUCAGGAAGAUGAAAGAUUUGGGCUUGGACUUUGGGGGGAGAAGAUUUAUUGGGGAUAUCAGGGGGGGAUUGCAAGCUUGGCGGAAGAGUGUAGAUGCAGAGUUUCCAGAGUAUUGA